ACCAAGGCUGCUUCCGGUUAAUGAGGACACGUCACUCAUUCGUUUGAGGAAGAGGAGCCGUGCAAACCUCGCUCAUUGACCCCAUUUUGUACAAAUAAGACGGCUAAAACAUGUCGAACUCAGUCAUAUCUGUUAUUUCUCGGUUCCUAGAGGAGUACAGCUCCACGACGCCCAACAAGCUCAAAGUGGUGGAUGCGUAUCUGCUGUACAUCUUGUUGACAGGAGCGCUGCAGUUCCUCUACUGUCUCCUCGUUGGCACCUUCCCCUUCAAUAGCUUUCUGUCGGGCUUCAUCUCAUGUGUGGGAGCUUUCAUUCUUGCAGUAUGUCUUCGUAUCCAGAUCAACCCACAGAACAAAGGAGACUUCCUGUCUAUCUCUCCAGAGAGAGCCUUCGCUGACUUUCUGUUUGCUCACACCGUCCUCCAUCUGGUUGUGAUGAACUUCAUUGGUUGAAGCAGACGUCCAUCUAAUUCACAUUGUCCCCCUCUCAGAAGAUGACAAAAAGAGAUGUUAUCAGAACUCCCCUCCAAGACAUGAAGCUACAUCUGCUUUUGUGCCACUGAGUUCCAUCCCACAAUCAACACUGAAUUAGUUGCAUCUUUUCAUAUGAUGCGGUACAAUUUUCUGACAGACGAUUGAUUUCUUGCAUUCUUUUUUUUAAUAUUGAUAUUUGUAAAGCAUUCCCUUUUGCACUGAGAAGAAAUAAAAACAACUCAAAUGGUGACCUUGACAAUAA